GUAUACUGGGUGGCCCCUCUGCUGGGCGGGGCAACGGCCGGCCUCAUCUACGAGUACAUCUUCAACCCCCACAGACUCCCUCGCUCGCGAAAGGACUCUAUUGAUGGAGACUCGUCAAGUGUUGGCAGUGAUGAAGACGCGUACGACGAGUGUUCCAAGCCGCCACCAAGGUACAAUUACAAUGCGCUCAGAGCCCAGCACUAUGACCAGUACAGGCCCGCCAACACUUCAAACACUACCUCUCCACUAGGCUAUCCAGUCAGCAUGUACGGACACUCUGGAACACCAUCUGUUUACAACGCAUCAACUUACAAGUAUGAUAGUGGUUUUGUCACCAACAAGGAAGAGAUCUACUCUGGCUCCAAGAGCAUGUAUGCCAAGUCUCCUCCUCUGCCACGCUCCUCCUCCCUUAAUCGCUCCCAGUCUGUCUACACCAAGCCGCCACCUCCACGCAUGGAUAACUACUCGAGGAACCUUGCUCAGUCUCAGAACCUGUGCCCGAAGUCUCCUGCAACUUUCACAGCUCUUUCCCACAGCGAGAGUAUGUACAAGAAUAACCCACGCCAGGACUCCCUUUACAUCACUAGCAAGUCUGGCAUUGUGAAACCCGAGCCUGUGUACGGGACAGCCGCAUACAACAAGCAGCAUGACUCAGGUGAUUCCAACUACUCAACCUACCGUGGCUCUACAGGCUACAGCUCAUCGCGCUCCUCUAACCCUGGUCCUCCCAUUCCCAUGAGCCGCACCCGUCAAGACAACCUCACACCUAACUCGAAUGUCUCAGCCCAUUCUGGACUUGUGACACCCAACUCCGUGGCUUCAUGUUACUCUCCAAACCCACAGUACUGAACUGGACUUACUCGCCAAGCACAAGGAAGAACUCUCAAAUAUCACUAGCUAUAAUACACUAAUAAACUGAUAUUUUUGGCUACAGACUACUACUCAAAAAGAUCAAAAAGAAAGAAAAAAAAUAGCAUAGAAUUUCCCUAUAAUGUUGUAGAAUGAUUAGUGGUUUUUGAAGUUCAUGGUACUGGUAUUAUCUUUUAGAAAUAUAAUAUCAUUCCACUUUGGGUUUAUUCUUCUUUUUGUUAAUUACUUUGAGAUUGUAAAAGAAAACAAUUUGAUUCUUACACAUUUGUGAAUCCUUCGUAAGUUUUUACUCUUUGGACAUCAGUUGUUUAAACUAGUACACAAUUUUCAGAGCAAUAUUAAGGAUUUAAGAACUUUCAUUUAAGCCAGUAACUCAGGAUUGUGAAAGUACCUUGUAUUGCUGUCGUAAAUUUUCCCCCUAGUUUGUUUUCACAGUCACCUAAUUUUUAAAAAUGUUAAUUUCUUACCAGUCAACCUCUAUCUACAGGUGAAUUGAUAUACAGUAUUCUGAGGCUGUAUACCUGUAUGUACUUUUGAAAGGUUAAAACAUCACCCACUCUCAGUGAGACGUUCCCAAGCUGGAGUGUGUUUUUAAUGGGAGUGCCUGGUGCAUGUUUAUCUUGUGUGUUGAUGCAAAUAUAAGUCCUUUGUGUAAGUCUUUGUGAUACUGUAAUUGGUUGACGUUGUUGUGACUUCAAUAUAUUUUGUGAAAUCAGUGUGGAAGUAGCUUAUCAAAGGGUGUAAAACAAAUGUGUUUUGCACCUUCUGCUUGCCAUGCAAGCAGUCUUAAUGCCAUCAGGGAAGGAACAAAUAUUUCUCUCUGCUGUUUUAUGAUACACUUUAUCUAGGUGUGUUCUUGUGUGGUAGAGUGAGGCUUCGACUUCAGUCCCAAUUAAGAUUUUAAGAUGGGCAUUUUGACUGUGAGUGAUGAAUUUUUUAAGCAGUACAGAUAAAGCAUACCCAUUCAGAACUAAGAUAUUGUAAAAGUUAUAACAAAAGAUAAACUCCAAUGACAGUUUAAGGUUUGGCUGACCAGAGCAGCACUGUUUGGUGAUGAAAAAAAAAAAGAAUUUUUAAACAUGAUUGGGAAAAUACACCAAACAGAAUCAGAUUCACAUGUUACUGUCUGUGUGGUGCUUCUUGAACAAAUUAUGAACAAUCUGAAGUUUAGGUGAUAUUCAGCUACCACAGUAUUUUGAGAUAAGGUAUUGUAAGUGUGCAUAGUUACCAUUGUUAACUAAUGAUGAUAAUUACUUGAAGAACAAACUUUGGUGUACUAGUUUUUGUGAAUUUUUAGAGAUACUGUUGAAAAAAUAUAUAUGUAUAUAUAAAAAAGGUAAGUCCUUUACUUCUGUUUCUGUAUAUGAUACAGAAUAUGUGAUUCAUUCAUUUUGAACACAAAAAGUAUAUUUAGAAAAUUUUCUUUUAUUUAUAUUUUUUCUGUAUGUUAAGUUUUUAAGCAUCCCAACUGUUGUAAAAUUUUCAUUUUUUUCUCAGUAUAUGCAUGUCAUUUUUAACCCGAAAAUGGUUUGACACAUUUAUUUUAAUGCAUGUGUUAUUCAGUUUUUUUCCUUUUUUUCUUUAUUCUUUUUCUUUUUUUUCUUCCCUCUCCCCCCUUCCUAUGUACAUUGUUCUGUGUGUCAUCAACAAGUUCACUUCUCAUUGGGACCAGAAUAUUAAAGAGAAUUUCUUUGUUUAAUAGUGUUACUUUUUUUUUUUUUUUUUUUUUUACUUCAAAAGAAUAACAGAUAACUUGUUCUGACAACGCUUACUCGGCAAGAACCGUAGCCCUGGAUAUCUUUGUUUGUUUGUUUUUCAUUCCCUGGAUGAUAUGGAUAAUGUAAUGCCAGUUACAUAACCAAUUUGUUAAGGAUAUUUCUAAGUCACUCAAGAUGAACCCAUUUACUUUUGUAUAAAGACUAAAAUGUUAUUAGUACAUUUUUGUUUACCAAAGAACACAAUGUAACAAACAUUUUUUUAGAUGUAGUUGCAUACUCAUAUUACAGUUUCUUUUCAUAAUUAAUAAUCAAAGGCUCCAUAUGUGUCAUUUAUACUGCAAUAUUAUACAGUAUAUAAUAAGCUAAAAUUACAAAUUGUUACUGUUAUUGCAAUAUAUAAAUGUCCCGAAAGACACAAAUAAAAAAAUGCAAAAAAAAAUAUACUGAAACAUAGUUAUACAAAUAUAUAGCUUUCGUACUUGUUCAAUGAAGUCGUAGACAUUUGUAAAUACCACACAACCAUUGCAAAAUAGCCAUGUAGAGACCAUACUUAAUGGACAAGUCUUAGACCAUGCUUGAAUAUUACCACUAAUAUGGUCUGUAAGCUCCUUAAUGACCACUUUCUCUUUUUUGCUAACUUAUCUAACUGAAGAGACAUUUUAUACAGAACGGAGCUGUUUUGCCAUUGUUGUGUAGGUGUGACUACGACUGUGACAGUUCUGACGUUGACUUCAUUUCCCAAACUUUUUUAUAUAUAGCAAAAGAACCAAAGUAAGGUUCUGCCGCUCAUGUAACAAAAGCGUUUAUUUUCAUUUUGCCCUUUUAAGAAAGGUAUUUAAAAAAGGGUCAAAUAUUUUUCACAUUACAAAUCAAAAGCAAUAUGUAUGUUUAUGAUUAUUAAACCAAGAGGCCACACAUCAAAUCAUUAUAUCGCUUUGGUACACUUUAUUUUCCUAUGAAGUAAUGUUGUUCCUUUAAUUAUCAAGAAAAUUUGCCUUCGGUUUCUUAUAUCUAGUUACUCAACCUGGUGUGUUUUAUUUAUAUAAAAAAAGGUUAAUGAAGCUGCCAUGAGCCAUGUAUAUAGCUGUGUUAUAUUUUAGUAUGAAAUAAACAAUGAACAUAAAA